AUAACCAUGAAGUCGCGAGUUGGGUUAAGGACAAACUUGGCGAUGUUAAAAGAAGUGGAUUGAUCGUAGUUGGAUGUGUGUCACAGACGCAACUGAGGAAGGCCCUGGAAAUAUCUGAGAUAAGGGCUCGACCAUGGCUUCAGGAGAAGACUGUUGUACCGCAGCAGAGGAUGGGGCUGAGGGCAACCAGCACCAUCUUCUCAUUCUGGAAAGAGUGGAGAAGGAAGAGGAGGAAAACUGGAAAACUGUUGCAUCACGUCAGCUGAAACAACACUGUUCAUGCACCCCAGCAAAGGCCAAACACAAAUUAACGGGCUUCCUCCCAAUUCUGAAAUGGUUGCCACACUACCAGCUCCGGGACUGGCUCUUGGGCGAUGUCAUGUCAGGAAUUAUUGUGGGAAUACUUUUGGUCCCUCAGUCCAUAGCCUACUCCUUAUUGGCUGGCCAGGACCCCAUAUAUGGCCUGUACACUUCCUUCUUCUCCUCCAUCAUCUAUGCCUUCUUAGGUACUUCCCAUCACAUCUCGGUGGGAAUAUUUGGGGUGCUGUGUCUGCUGGUGGGUCAGGUUGUGGAUAGGGAGUUGGCUGUGGCUGGAUACCUCACUGAGAGCAGUAGCAGUGGUAACCUCAGCUACCUCCUGGUGGCUGGCCAGGGGAAUGGCAGCAUUGAGAUGGAAUGCAGCAGGAGCUGUUAUGCCAUCCUUGUGGGAGCUACACUCACUUUCACCGCUGGAAUCUACCAGGUCCUGAUGGGUAUGCUCCAAGUGGGCUUUGUCUCUGUCUACCUCUCUGACUCCCUCCUCAGCGGCUUCGCAACUGGGGCCUCCUUGACCAUCCUCACCUCUCAGCUCAAGUACCUGCUGGGACUGAAAAUCCCCAGGCCUCAGGGUUGGUUCACCCUCGGAAAAACCUGGUAUAGCUUGAUCACCAACCUGCGGAACACCAACAUAUGCGACCUGGUUACAAGUCUGUUGUGUCUGCUCGUACUGGUACCCACCAAGGAGCUGAACGAUCACUUUAAGGCCAAAUUAAAGGCUCCGAUCCCCUUUGAGCUGUUUGUAGUGAUUGCCGCCACGCUGGCCUCUCACUUUGGUCACUUCAAUACCGAGUAUGGCUCAGAGGUGGCGGGGGCCAUCCCAACUGGCUUUCUUCCCCCGCAGCUGCCCUCUUGGUCACUUAUUCCCAAUGUGGCAGUUGAUGCGUUCACCGUCGCCAUUGUGGGCUUCGCCAUCACUGUCUCUCUGUCAGAAAUGUUUGCCAAAAAGCACGGCUACGUAGUGGACCCCAACCAGGAGAUGUACGCCAUAGGCUUCUGCAACAUCCUGCCUUCAUUUUUCCGCUGUUUUACCACAAGUGCUGCACUGACCAAGACCCUGGUGAAGGAGUCAACGGGUUGUCAGACUCAGCUCUCGGGGCUGGUAACAGCCUUGGUUCUGCUGCUGGUGCUUUUGGUCAUAGCUCCACUGUUCUACUCUCUGCAGAAGUGUGUUUUGGCCGUCAUCAUUGUGGUGAACCUCCGCGGCGCUCUGCGCAAGUUCAAAGAUGUCCCCCGCAUGUGGCGGGUUAACCGCAUCGACACCUCCAUCUGGCUGGUAACCAUGGCAACCUCAGCGCUGGUCAACACGGAACUAGGUCUGCUCAUCGGGGUCCUUGUGUCAGCCUUCUGCGUCCUGGGCCGGACCCAGCAAGCCCAGGCUGUGGAGCUGGGCCGUGCCGAAAGCAGAGAGUUCUAUGAGGACCUGGCAUCAUACAAUGGGCUCCGAACGCAACCUGGAGUGACUGUUUUCAGAUACAGGGCCCCCAUCUACUAUGCCAACCAGAGCCUGUUUAAAUCGGCUCUCUACCAGAGACUGGGGCUCAACCCAGUGAAAGAGAAAGUCCGACGCAGGAAGCUUGAGAAGAACAAGGGGAAGAAACAGGCACUAGCAGAACCAGAAGAUGUCAAAACACAGAGGUCAGGGGUCACGGGGGUCACGGGUAAAAAGGAUGAAACCAAGGUGAACAUAACUAAAAUUCUGAUGCCAGAGAAAGAUGCUUCCAGUAGCCUCCAUAGCGUAGUGAUUGACUGCAGCGCUGUGUUGUUCCUGGAUACAGCUGGGGUGAACGCCCUGAAAGAGGUCCGCAAAGAUUACGAAGAACUCGGGGUCAGGGUUCUACUUGCCCAGUGCAAUACCUCAGUGCUGGACUCACUGGAAAGGGGGGGAUACUUCUAUGAAAAUAAAGCGGAAACAGGAGAAGGCAAAAUGGUGUUUUUUACGAUCACUGAUGCCGUCCACCUUGCCCAAAGCUUGUCCACUCCUAACGGAGACUGUGACACCUACUGUUGACGAGUUUUGUAUUUAUCCUUUAUCCAUCUAUACGUUUACAUUUAUGUUGUAUCUAAUGCGAUCCAAAAUCACAUG